AUAAAAUAAACUGCAUCGUGUUUUAGGUAAAUAACUUAUAAUUAGCAGUUUUAAAGACUUAAACAGUGUCAACAACUGGACACAAAAUGUUCGAGGACCCUCCAGUGGACAGUCACAGACCCACUUCGGGAAAGUCACAGGAUAUUUCUCAUCUCUUAGCCUCCAUUUUUAAGGACGUUUACACAAAAGACAUCAUAGGGAAAGACACCUUGUCCAAUCUUAUCAGGACAAAGAUGGGACGAAGCAGCUGCCGUGAAAGAAUGGUUGAAGAGCUUCAGCAGGCUCAUUCUGACUACCAGCGCUCUAUAGAAGAGGCUGACUUUGUGGAGAAUCAUAUAAUUCAGGCCACAGCUCGGGCUUCAGACAGAGAAAGACGGGCCCGUGAGGAGAUCAUGGAGAAUGUGGGAGAUCAGGGGUUGUUUAAAGUCCAAUCCRCCUUCUCCUGGUGCGUCGACGAAGAGCUUCUCCAAAGAAACAACCUGAUCUCCCCAAGGGAUUUCUCAACUAGACAAAAACCACGAGAACAUGCACCAGUUGCAGUUAAAUCCAGUCAUGCAAAUCCCACCUUUUCUUUCAUCCAGCACACGUCYUGUGAGCUCCCCGAGUUUCCACUGAUUCCAAAGAAGACUAUGUUGGACAGAAGACUCACCGUCCAAUCCAGCACAGAGUCUCAGAUGAUGCAGGGAGUCCCCACAAAGAAGCCAAACCAGAUCAGAUCCAGGCCAAAGUGGACGGACGAGCCAAGCACAAAGGAUCGAGAAGAUUGGAGCGAUAAACUGCAGAGGUUUAAAGAUCGACAAGACUUCCUACGCAAUCCUCGCUUCCUUCCACCGAUUGAACAUCAGGGCAGAAUGUCCCUCAGGCGUCCCAAAGGGAAGACAAAGCGUUGGACGAAAGGCUCAGAGGAUCAAAGCUCCACGGACGAUCUUGCCCCGGUCUUCCAAGCAAAGCCCUCAGUGAUUAUGUUUACGGAUUACAGUGUGGGAGAUGUCUACGAGUCUACACUGGAGCUGACGAACGUGACUUCCACGAGCCGCCACGUCAGAGUCGUCCCUCCUACAACUCAGUACUUCUCCAUUGGCCUGGGGAGAUUCCCCGGUAAAGGUGGUAUUGUUGCCCCAGGGAUGAGUUGUAUGUACACGCUGCGUUUCAGACCAGACUCUCUGGGGAACUACAGUGAUUUUGUCGUGGUGGAGACCCAGGCUGAGCAGGUCRUAGUUCCCAUCGAGGCACAAAGACCCCCUCCAAUACUCACCCUUCCAAGAGUUCUGGACUGUGGGGACUGUCUGGUUGGAGGAGUGAAGUUUGUUGAGUUUCAGUGCCAAAAUGUGGGACUCAGCUCUGGGAUGUUUUACAUCGCGCCCAAGGACCAGUGGUCUAACUCAAAUCUUAGGUCUGCAUCCAGGACGUACUUUUCUGAGCAGCCACCCUUUGUAGUGGGGCCCUCCCUGUUUGCUCUGCAGCCAGGAGAGACCACCACUGUGGAGGUGAUCUUUUCUCCAACUGCUGGAGAGAGGAGCAGUAAAAGUUUUACUAUUGUUUGUGACAACUGCCAGGUCAAAGACAUUUCAAUUAAAGGUGAAGGCCACUUUACUUCAGUUGAGCUCGUGUCUGUUUCUGGACAGACCGAGCUUCUUACGACGGGAGAGGUCCACGGCGUCACCACGGAGCACUUUGUCCGUUUCAGCCCGUGCAACCCUCACACCGUGCAACAAAAAACUSUUGUUAUUAGAAACAAAAUCCACGUGGAGCUGCCGUUCUUCUGGCAAAUCAUGAAGCCCAAUCUGCAGGUCCUCCUUCCAGGGCAGCCUCCUGAAUCCUCAAAUAUCCACUUCCACCCAGCAACAGAUGAUGUUUUCCACAUCAGCCCCACAUCAGGAGUGCUGGCUCCCUGUCAGGACCAAGUGUUUCUGUUAACCUUCAGUCCAAAAGAGUUGGAGGAUUAUCACAGUGUGUGUCACUUGGUCCUGAAAGAUGUUCCCCAGCUGCUACCUGAGCCCAGUGAGAGCAGUGUCCUUCAGCCUGUACAGACUGGCUACAGGGUGCAAGAUGUGACCACCACAGAGAUAGAGGUCAGAGGGUCCACAGAGCCUUACCAGAUCCUCCUGGAGCCCUACGCUGUCAUAAUCCCUGGAGAGAUUUUGAUGUGCACAACUGUUCGCAGGCACUUCAAGAUGUGGAACAACAGCAAAACUUUCAUCUGGUUUCAAUGGGAAAAGUUAAACAGCUGCCACGUUAUAGAGGUGAAGCCACCUGCUGGUCGAAUAGAAGAGAGCCAGUGUUUGGAUUUUGAUCUUAUUUUGACUGGAGGGAAACCAGAAAAGGUUAAGACCGUCCUGGUUUGCAACAUACAGCAUCACCAUGAACCCAUUUGUUUGGCUGUAGAAGUCUCUUUCAAAGGUCCUACGGUGACACUCAGUGUUCCCAGUGUKGACUUUGGGCUUGUAAGACUCGGGGAGCAGACUUGGACCACUUUUCUUCUCACCAACACCAGCAGACUGAAGUCCUCCUGGAUGCUGGAGGAGAAACUUCCUCCGCUGCAGGACCCUGGAGACACGCAGAUCUCAGUGGAGCCACGUGAAGGUGUGCUGCCACCCUUGGCCUCCUGCCAAGUGGAAGUGGUCUUCAGGCCACGUUUCUGCCAGCAGUUUGAGACAGAACUGGAGCUGAAAGUGGAGGAUGGAGUGGGAUGUCACCUGCAGGUGCGAGCGGACGUGCAGUCUCCUCAGGUGUGCCUCCGAAACGCCCAGCUCGUCUUCUCUGAUCUUUAUGUGGGAGUUUCCACCAGCGGCAGCGUGACGCUUUUCAAUCGGACUCUGCUGCCGUCACAGUUCAGCUGGAUGGCCCAGCUCCAGGGUAAACAGGCUGCACUUUGUACAGCCAGCUUCGACCCCUCCUCUGGUACUCUGGGACCUAAUGAAAGCACAGAGAUCACAGUUAACUUCACUUCUCACACACAUUUGGAACUGACUGACGUGGCUGCUGUGUGUGGAGUUGAAGGAAUGAAUUUACCCCUCGUUCUGGACAUUGUGGCAUCCCGAACUAAGAAACUCUGCGUGUCCUACUCUCUGCCCAGUGACCGUUCCACGCAACAGGACUGCAACACUUCAGCGCCGGAGCUUGACUUUGGAGAUGUAACUUUAAAGAGAGCUGCGACCAAACAGCUUCUGAUAACCAAUCAGACGGCUAUCCCUGCUCCUUUUACCGUCCACGCAGAAUAUUUUACCUGCCACGUCUUYGGGUCAAAUAACCAGUCGGAGAAAAGAUCUGUGCAGAUCAAGAAGCAUCUUCAUCCGUUACAAGCAAAGAAAAUAGAAAUGAAAGCGCAKGAAGAGUUUGUGAGCAGCCUUCUGGCUGCUGGAAAAGGUGCAGCUUUUCAAGUCCUUCCAGAUUCAGGUCUGCUGGGACCUUUUGAGACCCAGACUGUGGACGUGACCGCCUACACGGACAUGUGGGGGGAAUACAGGGAUGACCUCAUAUGCAAGGUUGGAGAUCUCGAACCAGUUCRUAUUUUGAUGAAGAUGACAGUGAAGGGAUGUCCUCUUUACUUCCCACAAGCCAACGACCGGUUUCAGAGACCACCCAUAUCUUUUGGCACCCACGUGUUUGGAGGGGACACAGUUUCACGACUUAUUCACAUCAAAAAUCCAACCAUGUUCGACAUCCGUGUGAACUGGGAGACCUACAACUUAGAUCCGGAUGACAAUCAACUGGUGGAUGUUUUGGUGUCGUACGGAGAACACUUCCCACUGAAAGAUGCUGAUGGCCAUGAGGUUCACAGAGCGCUGAGGCUUUUCAAUCGAACAGCGUGGGAGAGAAGUCACACAUCGGCAUCCGGUGGACCAAGUUCUUGCCUUCAAAAUGUGACUGAUGUGGACAAGGAGCAGCUGGAUGAAUGUCAGGAGGAGGAGGCAACUUGUUUUUUUUCUCCUGUAAGGAAAAAUCUCAUCUCGGUCCACAUCAGACCUCAUCUGGGCCACCUGUCAGAUGACCCCUUCAGUGUCACACCAAGUCAAAUAGUGAUUCCAGCAAAGAGCGAUGAAAAAAUCCAGGUAUCUUUCACCCCUCUGACUCCCUCUGCAUCUGAAGGCAGCGCUAAAUGUGCAGGCUUUGUGYUGGGAUUCAUGAGCCUGGACUCUGAGACGGCUGUUUGUGUCCCAGGUAAAGUCAGAAGAGAACAAGGUUUGGAUUUAGAGCCCAUCAGGUUGGAUCUACAAGCAGCCGUUAAGCAUGUCGUGCUGGUGGUGCAGAUGGACGAGGACGAUGGCGUGUUGGAGUUCAACGCCUCGGCCGGUGAUUUACUGCGAGCUAAAUCGAACAAGAAGGUAGCGGCUCAUGAUUUUGACGUGACGCGGAGUUUACAGCUGAUAAACACAGCUGAGACGCCUGUACGCUUCAGACUGGAGACCCAGCCUCCAUUUUCAGUGGUUAAGCCUCAGGCUGGUGACGGUCUGGUGCUUCAGCCUCAACGCAACGUGCAGGUGAAACUGGCUUUCCACUGCUCUCUAUCGCUUCUGGACCACGUGGACCAGACGGAGGAGGGCGUCUCUCCUGGAGUAAGGCUGAUCCAUAAUGAGAGGGGUCAGAGGAUGCUGAAGUUCCAGCAGAACCUCCAGAUCCAACACAGCAACAACAGCCUGCAGACCGUGCCUCUGUGCGCCAGUCUGGCUCUGCCCACUCUGAGUCUCUCUGCCGACUCCCUCAGCUUUGGCUUUUGUUACGUUGGAGAAACACAAACCGUAGAAAUAAAGCUGUGCAGCCGUGGAGCCCACACCUACUGGAAAACUCUGACAAAGUCAGACGAAGAAGACCCUCAUGUGUUUAGGGUCACACCGGGCUCUGGACUGCUCCGAACCCAGAAGCCUCACWCGACCACCUGUAGUCAAAGUCUGCGGGUCAGCUUCACUCCCAGCCAGGACAGAGAGUUCAGGGCCAUGGUGGAGUUCCAGUCUCCUCUGGUGAAGACCCCUGUCACUCUGCAGCUCCAGGGAACAGGAUCCACCAGGGAGGCGUACCGGACCUCAAACACAUCGCUGUGACACUGCAGCCACUAACAAACAUGUUGUCAUUAUUUAAGAAGGUAAAAAAAAAGUUUAACCCUCUUUAUUUUUAGAUGAUCUUUAGAUUUUUUUAGGGUCUCUGAAAAAUGUUGCCCAUUUUCACAAGUUCAGUAUUUUAUGUAUAAAAACAUCAUUUAAAUAUCCUGAUAUUAACUACAUUAAUAAUUUAACUUUAGAUCUUUAGGAAACAACAUUCAUUAGCAGUACUUUCCCAACCAUUACCUAAUCAUUAAGACAACAACGCUGUGAUGUCAGAAAUAAAACAAAUAAAGCUGUGAUGACCUUUGAUUCAAA